ACAUUUUCUCUGCUUUCCACCUACGAUUCUAACCAUCCAAACACACCACAAAAAAAAUUUUAAUUUGAAAAAAACACGAAUUUAAAAACCCUGCUUCGUUUCGUGCUCAAUUCUAUGGUUUCUGUAAACCCUAACCCACCACAAGGCUUCUACUUGGAUCCGAUGCAAAUGGGACUUCCUGGUCUUGGGUCUCUGCAGCCUACUACUGCUUCUGCUGCUGCGUCGUCUUCGUCGGAGGAUCCGAAUAAGAAGAUCCGGAAGCCCUACACCAUCACCAAGUCCAGGGAGAGCUGGACCGAGCAAGAGCACGAUAAGUUUCUCGAAGCUUUACAACUUUUUGAUCGAGAUUGGAAGAAGAUCGAAGCAUUUGUUGGGUCCAAAACAGUUAUCCAGAUACGUAGCCAUGCGCAAAAGUACUUUUUGAAGGUUCAGAAAAAUGGUACGAGUGAACAUGUGCCUCCUCCUCGGCCAAAGAGGAAAGCAGCCCAUCCAUACCCACAAAAAGCCUCUAAAAAUGCUCCAGUGUUUCCCCAAGAUACCAUGGCAUUUCAAACUUCAGCUACUUUGCUUGAACCUGGAUUUGUUCUGAGGCCAGAUUCAUCAUCAGUGCUUAGAAAUCCAAUGAACAAUGCAGCUUUGUCUUCCUGGACUUACAACUCUCAACCUCCAGUCAGUGUAUCACAUGUGACAAAAGAUGAGGUAGGAUUGGCUGGGCCAGCUAUGCAACAUAAUAAUUGUUGCAGUAGUAGCAAUGAAAGCACUCCAAGGUCUUGGCCAAUUUGUAAAACACAUGAUCAGGGAAAUCACAGCUUGCCAAUACGAGUUAUGCCAGAUUUUGCUCAAGUGUACAGCUUCAUCGGUAGUGUUUUUGACCCCAAUGGAAGUGGUCACUUGCAGAAAUUAAAGAACAUGGACCCAAUAAAUGUGGAAACGGUAUUGCUAUUGAUGAGAAACCUUACAAUCAAUUUAACAAGCCCUGAAUUUGCGGAUCAUAGGAAGUUGCUCUCAUCUUAUGAUGCUGACUUUGAGAAGGCUAAAUCCAGCAGCACUCGCAAUAUUCUCCAUGUUGGUAAAUCAGAGAGUGCUAUUCUAUCAGCAUAAGAAGUAAGAAGAGAAAUGCCAGGGUGCAAAGGGGGAAACUGUCUAUGAGUGAUCUCUCUUGCUGUUUCUAAUAGGAAUAAUGAGAAGUGUCCAGAUUCUCUCCUCUAGUUUAUGUAUAUACGUAGGUGUGAUGGGGUGUAUAUGUGCCACCAGCAUGGUUUGUUUGAUGCCAUUGCCUUUGCCUUUUUUGGGUUUUCCGUUUCGUGCUUGUUUAUGUCAAGCGUUGCAGUAUAUAUGUUAUCUUGAAGGCCGCCAACACCCAUUGUAUAGUGUGUUUUUGGUGUACAUAUCUGCUGAGUUUUGACUGGCACUUGUGUGAGAUGUGUUUUUGAGAGGCUUUGGUUAUAUAAAUAAUGUUAUGGACGAA